AUGACUCUUCUUGCCCGUGCCAUUAGCGAUAUUCCAAUGCCUCUGGUAACAUCGGGCGUCGAGCAUGGAAACCUACGUGAACUAGUACUGAACAGAAUGAAGGAUCUUGGAAUUGAAUGUCGAGAUGUUAGGACAAGGGAAGUUGGAAUUUCGACAUUUAUAACAAAGUUCGACCCGAAGAG